UUAAUUUAAUUAAUUUAUAAAAAUAUAUUGACUCUGCUAUUUAAUCCCAUGCUGUAAUUUAUCGUCUGGCGAUAAAAGUCCCCAUAUAGGGGCUUUGGCUAGCUAAGAUGGCGGUGGAGACGUAUUUCUUGUGGUUCUUCUCCUUGCUAAAUGCGAUAGCUACAAGUAGUGCAAGUCUAUCAUCUGAAGCCUGCCGAGAACUUGGCUUUUCCAGUAACUUACUCUGCAGUUCUUGUGAACUCCUUGGUCAAUUUGGGCUGAACCAACUAGAUCCAGACUGCAGACAAUGCUGUCAAGAGGAAGCCCAGCUGGAGCAGAAGAAGUUGUAUGCUGGAGCUGUCCUUGAAGUAUGUGGAUGAAAAUUGGGCAGGUUCCCUCAAGUCCAGGCUUUUGUCAGAAGUGAUAAGCCUAAGAUGUUCAAGGGUCUACAGAUCAAGUAUGUGCGUGGCUCUGACCCUGUACUAAAGCUUCUGGAUGACAAAGGGGACAUUGCUGAAGAACUAAGCAUUCUCAAAUGGAACACAGAUAGUGUGGAAGAGUUCCUCAGUGAAAAGUUAGAGCGUUUAUAAAUUACAAAUUGUUACAGGUCAGGUUUCCAUUUUGUAAAUCAGUUUAAUAUUUCAAGGACUCCCUGGUCAUACUAGUUAAUUGAUGAUUCAAAAUGAUCAUGUUUAAUCUCACAUUGCACUGAGUAGAUUUAUUACCCUGACUAUCAAUAGAAUUUUCUGGAUUUGGUUAGUCAGUUUCUUUCCAGCAUAAAUGAAUGUGUUGUUGACCAUUAAAUUUGUAAUGUACUGUAUAUUUGUACUUUCUUGGGUCCAUGGUAACAUGCUUUUGGCUCCAAAUGGCUUUUAUUGGUAGUAUGGUGCUUGCAGUUUACUACAGUAGACAAGAUACAUUAAGGAGUUGCACUUUUGUGAAAGCUAAACAUGAAACCUGUUUGAGGAUGUGUAUAGCCAGAUGUUUUGUGCACUGACUGGUGUUCUGCUCUGCUGAAGUAAAAACAGCUUGGAAAGGUGGUAUUGUUUGAAACUGGAAUGUUGGAAUAAUAAAAGCUGUUUCUGAA